AUGUCCGGAGUAGAAUUGCCUAUGGAUAUCCAGUUUCUCAAAUGCUUUCAGUUGCAUGAGAUGAUUCUCAAAGCAGAUGAUGUAUCGGACGAACACAAAGCAAGAAUAUGCAAGAAAUUUGCUGAGGCAGAUAAGUAUCUCGUUGAUGGAGCGGACGAGUAUUUGCAGCUUUUGGAUGUAGCUAGUAACAUCAUGAACUUGAGUCGAGUUCAUGAUCUUAGUGACUCAGUGAGUUUGUCUUCGAGUCCAAAUGUGCCAUCUACUAGUGCUGGUUUGUGUUUGGAUGUGAACUUGAUGGUGUUGUCAAGGGUGGUGCUCUUAACAAACUCGUUAUACUGA